AUGGCCGCAACAACGCAACAGCGGAUUGAGUUCCUUUCCGGCCUCGGACUGGACUCGCAGCAGAUCGAAAGCAUUCAGGGCCGCGAAGAAGCACCUGGAAAAUUCGCCGAGCAUGUCCUCACUACCAUUUAUCCUGCUGCUGUGGACAUCCCCGAGACUCCGGCAUACGACGAGGCAAUAAGGGGAAACUGGUCAGCGUUGGCCCGAAAGCAUCCUUCAAUUGUCUUUCGUCCCUCGUCGGCUGAGGAGGUCGCCAAAGCUGUUGCUAUCCUCGAGUUCUCCAAUCAGAGGUUUGCUGUUCGAGGCGGCGGCCACUCUCCAAACCCGGGAUGGGCCAGUAUCGAGCAAGGCGUCCUGAUCUCCACUGAUCGAUUGAAUGGUCUUCAAUAUGAUGAGUCCUCCAGGAUUGCUCGCAUUGGUGCUGGAAAUCGGUGGGGAAUGAUUUAUAGUUAUCUGGAGCCGUACGGAGUUCUAGUCACUGGCGGCCACUCGUCGCCCGUCGGCUGCGUGGGCCAGAUUACAGGUUGCGGAAAUUCGCCCUGGUUCCAUAAGUACGGUUGGUCCUGCGACAAUGUUGUGAACUUCGAGGUCGUCACAACGGGCGGAAAGAUUAUCAACGCCAACAAGGACGAAAACGAAGAUCUUUGGUGGGCGCUCAAGGGCGGUUCAAACAACUUCGGCAUCGUCACUCGCUUGGACAUGUCGACCUUCCCAGUCUCGAACGGGGUCUGGGGCGGAAUCAUCAUGCAUAACUGGAGUAGGGAUUCGCAACGCCAGUGGGCUGAAGCCUUUUACAAAUUCCAGACAGACAACCUGCUGGAAGACUCUGGCGUCGAGUCCCUUACAGGCUGGACCAUGACGGGGGGUCGCAAGUACCUCCAGACACACGGCAAGUUCCAACCCCCGCGAAUGCUCAUUGCCGAUGAUGUUAACAAAAUAAGGUCUUCGAUGCUUUGUUUGACUGUCAAGGCGAAUCUUGAGUUCUACUACGAAGCCGUUGAUAUAUUCCACGAUGCGUUCAAAGAUAUCUCCCAAGUUACCAAUGCAUCUGCUACCAUGAACAUGUCAGCAAUCUCCGGCCAAACCAUGCGCGAAUCGAAUCAGCGCGGCGGGAACCCUCCUGGCUGGGCCGAAGAAGAUCAAUGCAUUGUCUUUCUCGACAACGCAUGGCUGCAUGAGAAAGACACUGAGUACAUGCUGAGUGCUGGAAAGCAAUGCAUCGCUCAGCUUAGAGAAGCCGCACAGGCUCGCGGCGUAUUGAUGCCCCAGAUUUGGAUGAACAACGCAGGACCAGAUGACGACGUCAUUGCGAGCUACGGCAAAGAGAACUGGACCAAACUGCGAAAUAUAUCGACCAAGUACGACCCCAAGAAAACCUUCCAGCGCCUUUGCGCGGGGGGCUAUAAGAUUGAGAAGACUUGA